AUGAUUGAUAAUAAAGUGAUAACGAUACAUGAGAAAUGGCAUUCGAUUCUAGGUGAAGAAAUACCUUUGAUUGAACCCCACGAUUAUGUUAAACUCAGUAAAAUUUUAGCACCUCCAAAAUUGACAGCUCACGAAAUGAACGGAAGUGUUGCUUACGUUCUUCACUAUAUUCGCCAGAAAGUUAAAAUGUGGGGGGCUGAUGUUCUUAGAGCAGAAAAUAUUAAAACUUUGGUCGAGGAAGACGAUGAUGUUUCUGAUGAGGAAUCCGAAUCUUCUGAUCUGGAAUCAAUGGACGAAGGCCAAGAUGUUCGGAAAAAUCAAUUGUCUCGAUUUGAUUGCCUUGCUAGUUUGCUUGCAUCUGUAGAAUGCACUGUAGCUCAAGAUAUCUUUCGAACCUUAUCUCAAUUCCCAGUUGCACUUCCUUUGACAAUACCCGAAUUAGAUAAAGAAGAAAUGUUUAAAGUGAUGCUUCCUUUGCUUGUUGGUCCAGUUAUCAAGUGGGAAACGAAACCUGGAACGAUUGUUGAAAACCACCUUUUCAAUGAUCGUUUCAGAUUGAUUGUCGCCAUUCGAAUCGGAACAAACUCUCCAGGGAAAAGCGUCAUUCUCAACCAAUUAAUGGCUUCGGAUUCUAUGUUCUCUUCGAGUUGUGAACCAAGAGCAGAAUAUGGGAUUCCACAUAUGAUUAAUGGAAGCAUCGAGUUUACUUGGUUAACCCAAGAAACUUGCGGGGUGAGUAUGUGGAAUGACGUUUUUGAAAAUUAUUAUAAAGAAGGGGCAAAGGAAAUCGCUUUACUUGCGAAUUUACAUGGCGAUGCUUUAGAUUAUCCAGAUCAAAUUAAAUUUUUAAGGCAACUUCCUUCUAGUUUCUUGGUUUUUUUAAUGCCUGGAUGUACCGCAAGUCAAAUAGAUAAACUCGAGGAUCUAAUUGGACCCAAAAAAAUCAUAUAUGGCUGGGUGAAUAAAAAGAACACCGACAAAAAGAAAUACACGAUCGACACCAAAUUUUUAAUGAAAGAUAAAACAUUAAAAAAAGUACGCAUGAUGUUUAAAGAAGCUUUAGAUUUUGAUACUUCAUCAUUCAAUGCUAGAAUUAAAUUGAGAGGAUCGCUUCAAUUGACCGAAGGCAUUGAACUUGCCGAGUCUCAGCUUUUGGCAGACUUUGUCAAAGAAAAAACUUGUCGUCACAUUAAACUGGAAGUUAUGCAGCUUCAAAGAAAACCACCCAAUGAUCUCCAAAUUUGGAAAAAUAAUACGGAGUUGCAAUAUUUAAUAUUGUUGUACAUAAACAUUCUAAAACUACCUCUCAACAAAAGGAUACGAGCUCUAGCACAUCUUGAAAGAGAAGUAUCCAGGCUUUCUAUGAUAGAAUCUUCCGGGGUUCGAAAUCAGGCUGUGUUGAAAAGAGAAGAAUUGCGUAAAUCCAGUUUGGUUGAUAGCAUGAGUUUAGGUUUGGAACAUUUUUUCCGCGAGUUGGGACAAAUCUACAAGAUUUCUUCUAUCAAUGACCCAGACAGUGAAAUUGUUUUGAAGUUGCCAGAACUUUACGCUCAACUAUUGAUUGGUGGCCACACCGUAGAAUUACUUGAUGGUGAUGCUGGAUCUAUAUCUGAAGCUUGGUUCUCAGCCAUUUGUGGGCAUAUUUGUAACGCAUAUCCUAGACUUAGAAUUUUUGUAGUCAGCAUACUUGGCCUACAAUCAUCAGGAAAGUCAACUCUCUUGAAUGCUCUUUUUGCAUGUAGAUUUGCUGUUUCAGUUGGACGUUGUACUAGAGGUCUUUUCAUGCGAUUAUUGUUCUUGGAAAAAAAUUUAUCCGAUCAACUUGGCGUUGAUGCAUUUGUCCUAAUUGACACUGAAGGUCUUGGUGCACCAGAAAAGAUGGAUGACCCAGAAUCGGAAAAGAAAGAUCGAAUAUUAGCAACUUUUGCAAUGGGUGUAAGCAAUUUAACAAUUCUCAAUGUGCUUGGAGAAUCAACACGUGACUUGACUGAGAUUUUGCAGAUAGCAAUUGUAACAAUGGCACGUCUUGAAGAAGCUGGAAUAGCCCCUGACAUUAUGAUGGUGCAGCAUGUUUCUGAACGAAAUGCAGCAAGACUGUCAGAGCCAGAAGAAAAAUUUCGGGCGGCUCUUCAAGAGGCUUUGAAAAUAGCUAAAGAACAAGACAUUGAGAUGGGAAUAUCCAAUACAGACUGUCUUCAAAUACUUGAUGAAAGGAUAAAAAAAGGCCAGCUUCUUAAACAAUUUCGGCCAUUUAAAAAUGGUGCAACUGCCUAUGCCCCACCAUCAGAGCAAUACCAUGAGGAUGUUGUCAAUUUAUACAACUCCAUAAUUAAUGAUUGUAAGAAUUCGCAGAGCAAAAUUGAAUUUUCGAAAUGGCAUUCGCUAAUUCAAGAUUAUUGGAACGCGGUAUCUCAUGAGGACUUUGCAGUUCGUUUCAAAAACAUCAGAGAAAUUUAUGAAUUUAUUGAUCUUGGCAAACGAAUCACAAAGUUGAAGGAAACCAUCGACAAAGCAUUCCUAAAACACGAGGAAUCAAUUAUGCAAAAAGUUCGUACCAAGCUUCAAAGUUGGUCUCCUAAUGACAGAUCAAAUAUGAAUUUACGUCACCAGUGCUUAGAAUUGAUUGAAAAAGGACUACAGAAAAUACCAGAUUGCAAUGAUGCCGGCUGUGAAGAAUGUGAAAGAAUAAACAAGGAAAGGAUUGAAUUGGAAGAGUACCUCAAAGAUAAGAAUAAUGAAAUGUGUGAAAUAGAAACUAAACAAACAAUUGAGGAUUAUAUCAAACUCAAUCGUCAUUCUGCAUCCAUAAAACUCACUCAGAUGCUCGAUGCCAGCUUUAUCCGAAAAGGUAUUUCAUCCGAAUCUCUUGACAUAAUUAACAACCGUUUAGAAGGGAUUCUAAGGAAUAUGCCAAGUGGUAGACGAUUGACUGAAUAUCAACGUAAAAAAGAAGUUGAAGAAAUAUGGAGUUUGUUGCGAAAUAACAUAUUAUCAAAAUACAACAUUAAGCCAAUAGUGGAUCAAAUAGAUAAGGAGGUCAAAGAUGCGUGUUCUCAUUUAUCGUCAGUAGGAUUCUAUCAACAAUACAUGAAUGGAGACUCUCCAGAUUUAUCUAAAUGCAAGGCAUAUAAAGCAUAUAGAGGCCUUAUUCCAACAUGCUUGGAUAUAAGAGACGUCUGCACUCUCCAGGAAAAGCUUAAUAAUUUGGUAGAUUCAAUCUUGGAAAAAAGGGCAUCUUAUCAUUAUUACCCUGGAAUUGUGCGCGACCUUGCAAAAGUGAUAGAAAAAACGCUUAACGAUAAUGCAAAUCUUCUUCGCGUUAAAUUUUUGCCAGAAUUCAAAUGGAAUGCUUACUUGUAUGCUUUGUUGAAAUUUAAACCAAAAAUGAUAAGCUUUCAAAAAAAAUGGGAAAUGGAUAAUACUCCACUUGGCAUCCUUGAUCAAAAGAAAGAGGAAUAUUUAAAGAUGAUUGAUACCCGGCUUCAAUAUGGGCAUACACUUGUUUCUGAGGGACAUAUUGCUGGGGAUUAUUUACUGAGGGUCAUUCAUAAAAAAGCAAUGGAUGCAGGAAGCGCUGAGCGAAAAACUGCAGUGCGUAAUAUUGGUUGGUUGACGUGUACUGAAUCGGUUAGGCUUAAAUAUUUUGAGAAUCUUGCUGAACAGGUUCAAAGAGGCGACAAAAAAGAAGCUAUAGAGCAUUUUUCAUGGCCAAAAGGAUCCAUAGAAUAUUGGUUUAAAUGUAAAGUUGAUGGUAAUACAAGUGGAAAUCCAAAGCAAAAAUACAAUGAUACCUUUAACUCAGAAUUCAAUCGAGUCGUUCAAGAAAUUCGUAACUGUCAAAGUUUCGGGGCAAUCAAAAAAUUUAUAAAUAAUUACAUGACGCAAGUUGACAAAGUGGACUACAAAUUGGAUCUUAGAGACACAAAAGAUGAAGAUUUUAGAAUAUUCUAUCAUGCUGUCGAGGAAGAGCUUAAAACUAAAGGGGGUGGUCGUUAUCCAAAAGAUGAGCCUUUUCAAGAUCCGUCUAAAGAUAAAUCAAUCAUGGAACUGCUUGGAUGCACAGAAGCAUGUUAUUUUUGUGGAGCUUUGUGUUGGGGAUCUCAGGGACAUUAUAACGACAGUGGCGAAACAAAAAGACAUCAUACUAGCCAUCAACCUGGUGGUCUUGCAAGGUUCAGUUAUAGAGGUUCGAAAGAACUAGUUGCAAUGCCAUGUCAUAAAUUGGAAGAUCAUGUGGGUGUGUGGUAUUUUGGCAAGGAGGACCCAACACCUUGGAGCGUUGUAAAAGCUCAAGAUUUUAAGGAUUGGAGAUUUGAAUCUCACUACCAACACUUAUUUAAUGAUCUUAUGUGCUGGUUCUUUGAAAAAUUGCACGUAGAUCUGGCAAACAAAUAUGGACUCAAACCAUCAACUUAUAACGAAAUGAGCAAAUAUGGUUGUAUAAACUUGAGUUACAGUGAUAUUAUUAGUACGCUUAGAACAAAACUUUAA